AGUUAUCCUGCUUCCCUGAAUUGAGAAGCCGCUUGUGUCAGUCGCUUGAACUCGUAUUGCCCUUUCAAUAAAGUUGCAUUCAAACAGUCUUCUACAUACAGAUAGCUUCAUCAUUUGAGACAUCUUUCCGGAAAGCUUGCCACAGAGGGAGAGGCCACAGGGGGACACCGAUUGUCAGUGCGCCAGACCACCGCUUGCUUGUGUGCGGACACGCAAGGCAUUCGUGGCUCUGGUCGCCUGUACCGAUGACUAUUAUAGCCUGCUGAACGUUACGAUGGACAUCGAGUGCGCCGUGUGUGGCGUGCUGCGAAACGGGUCCGAGUUUUGCCAAGGGCCUUGGCUGCCGGCCGACCAUGUCAAAGCUCUUGGCCACCUCCUCGACUACCAAGGAGACUCCACUCUGUUGCAGCUGGCUAGCCAGAACGCCAAAGAGGCGCGGCACCGCGUCAACUCCCUGGAAGCGGGUGUGGUGCGGCAUGCCUUGGACGCGUGGUGUGUCGGCAGCAAGCCCCUAUGCUGCUGCUUCCCCUGUGCUUGCUGCCAGCGGGUGCUGUUCUACGGUGACGCACACCGCCACAUGCUGGCGGCGUUGCAGCACCCCAGCAUAACGGCCCUGCUCAGCCUGCAGGAAGCCGCGCUGGUGCAACAGCUGCAGCAGCAGCCCAUGCCGGCAGACUCGCUGGGCGUUGUCGAUGACGAUGUCGAAGUGGGCGGAUGGACGCCGAUGCAGUGCCUUGAGGCCAUGUACCGCAUCUUGAUGUGCUUGCUGCCAGAACAACGAGAGGUCCAGGAGGGCGCGACACCUAAGCGGUACGCCUGCGGGCACGCGGAGAUGUCGGCGGAGGAGGCCAGCCAUCAGAGCGCGUGCCUCUCAAACCUGGAAAUGGUACUGCGCACUGCGCUGGCGGCGGGGCCAGCUGCGGGCGCAGCUGGGGCUGCUGCAGCAGUGGACACGGCUGGGCUGGCAGUACCAGCAGCUGCGGCGGCGGCGCCGGCAGCACCAAACGCCGCAGAGGGGGUGCCGGACGGGGAGUCGUGUGCUCCGCCAGCCGCGUCAUCGACUUUUGCACGGCCCUCGGCCCCGACAAGCACGGACAGCAUUGCCGGCGGUGCCGCAGCCGCCGCAACUAGCGGCAGUGGCCACUGCAAUAGGCUGCUUGGACACGUGCACGACCCAGAUGAGGUGACGUCAUGGGGGGCGCCGCCCCCGCCGCAGGAGGCCAUGCAAGAGCCCUCACAGGAGCCCACGCAGCAGCAGCCUAGCGGCGGCACCAAGCGGCGACGCGGGCAGCCCAUCAGCGGUUGCCGCGUUCCGCAGCAGCCGCGACAGCGAGACGGCCGGGAAGAUGACGACGAUGACGAUGAUGACAGUGCGAAAAUUGACGACAACUUCGGCGGCCGGAACGUGCGCCCCCCUGUGGCGACUGGCGCGGCUGGCGGUACUAGCGGUACCGGUGGCGGCGGCAGCGGAACCAGUGGGACAUCAGGCGGUGCACAGCCGGGCGGGGCGGGCAGCGGCCGUAGCGGUGGCGGCAGCAAGCAGCACAUGAUGAAGGAGGGCGCGCACGGCGCCAGCGCUGCUGCGUCUGUUGCGAUGCCCGCAGGCAGCAGCUCCUGCCUCGCCAGUGACCCUAGCGGUCCGAUUGCUGACGCAGCACAGGACGCAGCGUGCGAGGACACAGGCGAAGCAGGUCGCCACAGUGGUGGCAGGGGCUCGCGGGUGCAGGGGCUAGCCACGCCGUUUGCUCACGACGACGUUGACGCGCCAGAGGAGGACGCGGGGGUGGCGGCGUCCACGGACGGUGCGGCGCAGGCACCGCCCGGCCGCGUACCGCUGAGCGGCUGGGCGGGCGGCGGGCUGGGAGGCGUCCCUCAACCCCAGCAGGUGCCCUCGCCACGCGGCUCGACUGCCUCGCUCGCCACGUGGGGCUCUACGUCCAUCACCAGCCGCAACGCCAGCGCAAUCGGGCGGGCGCCCUCAGGCUUGGGGCACCUGGGUCCCAUGCCAACUGCUGCUGGCAUCAGCCGCGGCUCGACAUCUGCCGGGGCAGAGCUUGGCGGGGACGGUGAUGAUGGGCAGCCGCCGGAGGAGCAGCCGGGCGGAGUGGCAUGCGAGGCCCCUACGGGUGGCGUGCGGCGAUUGGGCAUGCGGGCGUCAAUGGAGAUGUCACCGGCGACGCCAUCGCUGCCGACGGUGCAGGAAGAGCCGACAGGGGUGGAUCGGAACACGCCGCCACAGGCCCCCGCCGCUGUGCUCGUGCGCCCGGGGGCGCCAGUGCCUACGGCGCCCACGACGCCAGAGAGCAUGGCGCCCACGAGCCGGCUGAAGACGGUGGUGGCCUCAGUGGCACGUACGAUGACCUCUGUGUGGCGGUCGCUGUGCUCCGUGGUGAAGGGUCGUGGUGGCGCGCAGGCGCAGGGGCGGGAGUUGCUAGUGGCUGGCAGCGGCCCCGAAGGCGGGCGUACAUGAGCGAGAGUGCGUGCACUGAUGUGCGGCCAGCAUGUAGGCGUGCGAGGCGUGCGAGGUAGCCUGUGGACUCGUGUGUAUACCGACGCCGCAUCGCUCGCAGCAAAUUGACGCAGGUAGAGUGAAGCAGGGCCAAUGGGCUGACGCGGGCGCGUACAAGCAGGUUUCUUGAUAUGAAGGACUGCACUGGCUUCAAAGCGUCAACCCCUGGAUUUGAAGACUCUAGUUGUGCGGGCGUAUGGAAAUGGGUCGGAGAAAGGGAAGUGCAGGCUCUUGCAGGCAGGUGCCACCGGCUUGGGUCUUGGGUCUUGGCUUGGAUGCCGGAUCGGCGCGUGCGCGCCACUGGUCCCUGGAUAGCGCACAUAGUGCGACAGGAGUUCGGCAAAUGUGUACAUGCAUCUGCCAUG